AUGAUGUAUGAUGGAGUGGUUCACACAAUAGGUGAUGUGGCAUAUGUACCAAAGGUGAGAAAGAAUCUAAUAUCUCUUAAAAGAUUAAACUCUUUGGGAUGCAAAUACUUUGUUGCAAGUGGAGCCAUGGAAAUCACACGUGGUGGAUUAGUCCUAAUGAAAGGGAGGAAGUGUGGUGGUUCGUAUUGUCGGGAUGGUAGUACUAUGAAGAUCUCGAUGGGUUGUUGCUGGAAACGGGAAGUGUUGACAAGUGUUCAUGGUAGAGACAAUUGUGAGGGGAUAAAGCUUGUUGGGGAGACGAGGGUGCAUCGAGACCUUCCUAUGAAGCUAACUAGCGGAGUUAGCUUGGUGCCGCUACACAUGUUUAUUGGCCGUGUAACAUGA